AUGUCGUCGCCGAAGGAAGAGCUUGGUGGUCAUGAAAUGCCUGAUAGCAGAUCGGCAAAGAGGAGGAGAGUUAACGAUCGACCAUUGACUCAUGAUGACUACAAUGUCGGAUGGGUUUGCGCGCUACCAAAGGAACAGACCGCAGCCGUAGCCUUGCUUGACCAGAAGCAUCCUGAUCUACCCAUACCGUCCACUGAUCACAACACCUAUACUCUUGGUUCAGUAGGAGAGCAUAAUGUGGUCAUAGCCUGUCUACCCUUUGGCAUGAUUGGGAAUACAUCAUCAGCAACUGUUGCUGCUACGAUGAUCGCCACGUUCCCGUCCAUCAAGUUCGGCCUCAUGGUAGGAAUUGGAGGUGGUAUUACGCCAAAGGUCAGACUCGGCGAUGUAGUAGUGGGCACACCUAUUGGCAAAUAUCCUGGGGUGAUUCAGUGGGAUUGA